AUGGGGUUUGAGUUUUAUUUAAUUGUCAAUGUCUGCCUAACAAAGGCAAACCGACAAAAGUAUCAACUGUGUCAAUUCUCGAAAUUUGAAGCGUCAAAAUACCAAACACCUUAUUUAUCAGUUCCGAAAAAUCAGCGCGUUAAAUUAGUAAACAUUGAAUCGCAACCAACCCCAUACAUCCCCGCCUCACGAUACGCACACACAGCCACACUAAUUGGCACAAAGUUGUAUUUUCUCGGUGGCAUAGGAGCAUCACCCGAUGGAACCUUUACAAAUUCUUCGUCGCCACGAGCUGAUUUCUUCACGUUGGAUCUAUCAGCAUCGUUCGAUACAGGAAAAGAUCGAGUGCCGUGGGAAGAUUUGAAAAAGACGGAUGCUUCUGUGCCGGAGGUUGCGUGGGGAACUGCUGCUGUUGGUGGGACUAAUAAGGCGACGAUUUAUUUGUUUGGUGGGUCGAUGUCUGGGGAUAGUCCUAUACGUCUAUUCGACACGACAAAUUGGCCGGGAGAUUCCUCUCAUACUAGUAAUAGUAGUAAUGCACACAAAAAAAGAGAAUUAACAUUGAACCGGAAAAAAAGACAAAUAGAAAUCAGCGGCAUUCGUCCCACACCCACACCUAAACUUUUCAAAAAAAGAGAUGAUAGCGUUAGCCCUUCGUUAACAACAGUUACAUCACCAUGGCCAUAUGAUCUGACAAUAACCUCAUAUGCCUGCGUAUACACAGUUGAUAAUUCACCUGUUGUUCCUGGUUGUGGUCCUGGCAAUGGCAAACCACAACGAAUUUAUUUACUUGGUGGAUAUGAUGCGCAAAAAACUGUUGUUAACGAGAAGCGACAGGUUCCAGAUGAUGUUAAUGCCAAUAGUUAUACUAAAACAUAUAAAGUGGCAGUUACAACUAGUACAUCAAAUACAUCAUCAAAGAAGACUCCAACUUCAAUGAUAGCCGAUUACACGGCCACUUAUGUCGAAAAAUAUAAUUCCAUUAUUUAUAUUGGUGGAAAAAGUGAGACUGGUGAAUUUAUUGAUAUGUCGAAUAUUUGGGUGUAUAAUAUUGAUAAAAAAACAUUUUCGAUUGUGUCAGCUUCUAGUGAAGGAUUUUCUGUAUCACCUCGAAUUGGACAUUCCUCUGUUUUAGUACAAAAGAAUUGCCAAAUAAUAGUAUACGGCGGGCAAGAUAAAUCUAAUCAAACCGCUGCUCCCGAUCUCCUAAUUCUCGAUAUCACCAAUGAAACUUCCUUCAGAUGGCAACAGAAGACCGCGACAAAUUCCCCGACUUCACCGUUUAGACACACCGCAACAUUUUUUGACCGAUACAUGAUUGUCGCAUUUGGAAGACUAACGACGUCGCCGGAUCAAGCCAAUGAGAAAAUUACAUUGUUGGAUGUUGAGUCGUUUUCCUGGGUCACUAGUUACACGCAGAAUUCGUCAGGUUCUUCUUUUACGAAUAAAGGGUUGAUUAUUGGAUUGUUGGUGGCUACUGGGGCGCUGUUAUUUAUCGUUGUGGUGUUGUUUUUGAAGUAUAGACAACGUGGUUAUAUUUUUAGAAAAAGGUCGUCGCCAGGUGAAUAUGCAGAUGCUGUUGUUAAGAAUGAUAAAGGUGAUUCUGAGAUUCCACGAAAAGAAGAUUUGGAUGGUGACGGUGCAACAAAAACACCACAACAACCUGCUUUAUUGACGCCUAUUUUACACACUUCUUCAAUGUUUGGCAAAAUUGUAAGAACUCCUGUCAUCUCCAAAGUUGUUCCGUUGGAUGUUAAAGUUGCACCAAAUGCUGUUUUAUUGAUGCCACCUCAUGCUGUUAGUUCUCGAACUUUGCGGGAACGUAGUCGUGAAGAAGAGUAG